AUGGCCCUCCCACCACCGGCCUCCGGUGCCGACGGCCCGGACGGGCACUCACCCCGGGAUCCCCGCGACUCGGCCGCAUCCGUCACCGGCCGAUCCGUCGCCCCAGCAGCCACAGCCACGGCCCGCAGCGACAAGGCCCCGCGCCGAGGGGAGCAGCGGCAGCGGCACCCAUCCGCAAGCCCGCCGCCCCGCAGCGUCCUCGGCCCCGGCGGCGGAAGCGGGCCGCAGCGACGCGGCGGCAAGCUCCGGCCGUUUCGGCUGCUGCGGGGCGACGCGGCCGGCCUGCGCGCCCGCUGGGCCUCGGACUGGGCCGUCUUCAACCAGCAGGUCGUGGCCAGCGCCGUCUACAUCUUCUUCACCAACAUCCUGCCCGGCAUCACUUUUGCCAGCGACUUGUACGUGCUGACGGGCAAGUCGUGGGGCACCAUUGAGGUUGUCUUGAGCACCGGGCUCUGCGGCCUUGUCUUUGCCCUCUUCUCGGCCCAGCCCCUCACCAUCCUCGGCGUCACGGGCCCCUUUUCCGUGCUGGCCGAGAACCUGUACAAGCUGUGCGAGACUCACUUCCAGGUCGAGUUCCUGCCCGUCAUGGCCUGGGCCCUCAUCCACGCCGGUUGGAUGCACAUCGCCCUCGCCGUCUUCAACGCCCACGACUGGACCAUGCAAUAUGUCACCCACUUCAGCGCAGACAUCUUCUCCCUGCUCAACAGCGUCAUCUACUUCCACAAGGCCGCCCUCGAGCUGCAGCGCACCCACGCCCACGUCUCCCUCGCCGCCUUUCUCUACGCCGUCGUCGGCGCCGCCGGCACCUGUCUGCUCGCCAUCCUGCUCUCCACGGCAAAGUCGUGGAAGCCCCUCUUCCACCGCUGUGUCCGCCUCGGCCUGGCAGAGUACGCCGCCGCAAUCUCCAUCAUUGUCUGGAUCGCCAUCCCCCACGUCGGGGAGCUCGCCCAGCUCGACCAUGAGCGCCUGCAGGUCCAGACGGCCUUUCGGCCCUCGAGCCCGGACCGCUCCGCCUUCUUCGUCCGCUUCUGGACGCUGUCCGUCGGCUGGAUCUUCCUCUCCAUCAUCCCCGGGGCCAUCAUCACCGUCCUCUUCUUCUUUGACCACGAAAUCAGCAGCAUCAUCUGCACCGUCCGGCGCUACGGCGUGCGCAAGCCCGGCGGCUUCGCCUGGGACGUUGUCCUCUUGGGCCUCACCACCAUCCUGUGCGGCAUCCUCGGCAUCCCCCCGGCCAACGGACUCCUCCCUCAGGCGCCGCUGCACUCAGAGUCGCUGCUCUACUACGCCAUGGAGCGGCCCGCCGACGACGACGGGCCCCCCCCGGAGCCCACGCCCCGGACCUACGAGCAGAGGUACUCGCACCUGAUGCAGGCCUCGCUCAUCCUCAUAUUCGUCUCCCCGCCGCUGCAGCGGCUCCUUGGCCUGGCGCAGACGUCGGUCCUGGCCGGCCUCUUCCUCUUCAUGGGCUACCAAUCGCUGUCCGUCAACCCCAUCCUCGGCCGCGUCGCCCGCCUCGUGACGCCGCGCUCGGAACUCGAGGAGCUGCCCAGCGGCGUGACGUGGCUCGGCGUGCACGCCUUCACCAUGACGCAGAUUGUCCUGACGGGUGUCGUCUUCGCCACCACCCUGACCGUUGCGGCGCCGGCCUUUCCCCUCGUAAUCAUCGCCCUCGUCCCCGUGCGACUGACGCUCAUGAACCGCAUCUGGUCCCGGGACACGCUGCGCGUCGUCGACGGCUGGGCAUGUCGUCCGGGGAAGCCCGAGGAUCAGGAGGCUCCGCCGGAAAUGCAGCCCGCGGCGACGGACGAGGAAAAGGGGGAAUAG